AAGUCUCGAACUUACUUUGGGUCUAGCUCAAACUAUGUGAUUUGUCCCUAUAUAUUCAUUUAUUUAUUUAAUCUUAAAUCUGUGCUCUGAAAGGUGUUUGUGAGGAAGAAUAUCAUUCAAAAUUAAAACUCAGGUCUAGGUAUAAAAUGGGUUUUGGAUAAAAGUGCUGUGAUUUGGAACCAUGUCUGACAACCUGAAAGACAUCGCGAAGCAUUACGAGGGAAAUGUUUUUCCUGAACACCCGCAAAGUAUUGGGCUGUUCACAAUCCCGGAGUUCCCGGAAUUCGAGCAACGCGGCAUGUGGUCAGCCGCACUGUCCGCCAUCUUCACGACCCUCCGCUACCUCGCGCCCGCGACUCUCCUCACCCUCUUCUGGGGCCAACACAGCUUCUUGUUCAAGUUGCUGAAGCACAUCGACUCUGCUUUUAGGGCUAUAGUCUUCUCAAGCGAAGAGCAAAAACAAGAUGUGCUUCAAUGGCUAAACAGCGUUGGGCCUGUCAAAGCCACCCAACUGGACACAGUAUGGCGGCACGGGUGGAUAGUGUGCGGGGUGUUAGACGCGGCGCUACCCGGCGCAUGCGCAGGUCAUCCACCCACGAAGCUGUCAUUGAAGCACGCGCAGGCCAUCGCCGAUCAUUAUCUUGGCGUUGAGCCGGUCUUCUCCCGUCAAGAGCUGGAAUCGAACGACUCACUAAGCAAGCAUCAAGAAUGGAAGCUGGCUACUUACUUAGACCGCCUCCGCGAAGCCCUAACCAAAAUAACACCACCUGUCUCCAAACCAACAUCCCAAAGAACUUCUCCAGAGGCCACGCAAUUCACCAUAGACUACGUAGCCAAGGGAUCUGGUCUUGCAGCGGCGCAGGUCAAUAACACAAUGUCUUUCAAAAUAUACCCAACAGCACAGCAAUCUUUAGACCCUGGAGAAAUAACAAUCUUAAUACGAGGACCCAAAGACACCUAUGGUAUGGCAGUGCUACCACCGAUUCUAGGCAAAGCGCAAUUGAUCCGUCAAAAAUUAUUAGGCCUGCAAACGAAACCUAAUUAUACAGAAAACGCUCUGCCUAUAACCCAAGGGGCCACCUACCUUAGAAAUUACGGGAAAAAUGAUAUGAACAAAACAUAUCACAUACCUAAAACAAAAUACGACAUCGAAAUCGAAAACGAAGUGCGAUCAGAUCAUAUAAAGAUAAGUUACUUUGCUCCAUUUGAAGGAAGAUAUGAAAUCUUUAUCACAAGUCGAGGACAAAAUAUCGCUGGAUCACCAUUUUUAAUAUCUGCAUCAAAUAAUAUUAUCAGCUUACUAGAAAAAGAAAAUUAUUCACUAGAAGAUGGCGAAGAAAUUGAUAUUGUAGAUGUAAAAACGGAUAGAAAAGUCGUUUUAAGAAUCGUCGACUUCGUAACUGAGAAAAUGUUACUAAGAGAAAAUGGAUCCUUGGAAAAAAUAACCGACGAUGAAGCAAAGAUAUUAAUGACAACAGACACUGGUACAACUAAAAUGUUAACAUCUGAAGCAACCACGAAAAACGUAUCGCAAGUACAUGAAAAACGUAUCGAAAGUACAUGUAAAAGUGUUCGAUUUAGAAAUGUUUUACAAAAAGUCGUCACAAUGGUCAGGGUUUGUAGAAUUUGGUCUAAAAUAGUAGCGGAAAAACGUUCUAUUGAAACAGAAAAAAGUAUGACUGUUAAAUCUAGAAACAACAAAUACAUUCCCGAUAUUGUUAAUUCGACAUUCACAGACUCGAACAUAGAUCCCUACGUUAUGAGGGAGACUCGCGAUAAGUUAAUAAUUCCUGAGAAUAUUUCUGUGUCUAUUCUCACUGAAAAAUGUCAGCCUGGCUUUGUUAAAAAUAAGCCUAUAAGUGAAGCUCGUUUUGAAAAUAGUUCUCAAAAUUUGACUGAUGACACAUGUAGCCCCGACAGCAUAGAAGAGUACAUACAAGUGCAGACCAAUAUUGAAAAUGAUUUGUUUAAAAUUUCUCAGUCUCCAAAUAAUAACCCAUUCCUAAAUGAAACAUAUGAACAAAAUUAUAAAAUAGAAAAGGAAUUGGGAUCUUACGUUGCAAAUGAAUACGAAACAAAUAAUUCUCAAAACGAAGAAACGCCAGAUGCACCAAUAAAAAUAAUUGUUGAAGAAAACGACUUUUUACCGCCUAUUAAUAGUAAUCCAUUUAUAGAUAUAAAUCUAAUAGAAAGACCGAAAUCUCCAGUUUUUAAAAUAAUAUCAGGAGAAAUAAAGAGUCGUGUUGUAUCACCAGUUCCGCUAGAUGAGGAAGAAAUUGGAAACGAAUUUAUAAAUCCAUUUUUCGUUCAUCAACAUCAUCAAUCAAGUGAGCUAGAUGCUCCUCUACCCAUCGCGGAUUUUAUAAUUGGCGCACCAGUGUCGUUACCACCUUUGCUACGAGCUUCAUCUCCUGUACCUGAAAUGGAAUCAUUAUUGAUUAACGAAGUAAAUCAAGAAAAGAUGCAAAAUAUUAAAGACGAAGAAAAUGAAUCUUGUGAAUAUUCUACUCCUUUACAUACAAAUCAAUCGAAAGCAAAAGAUAACAUAAAUGUAGAAAACAAUAAUGUAUCAUCCACAUUUCAUAGUUUGGAUGAUGCCAACAUUACUGAAAGUACCGUCAGUAAUAAGCAAUGUCUAGAAACCUAUAACGUUAAUACUACACACACAUGUAUAAGCGUGACACCAAAAAGAGAAAUAUGGGAUUCCGCGUAUGUAAGUAUCGAUGAUAACAAUAGUUCUCCAGAUAGUAAUAAUAAUGAUAAUACACCUUUGUGUGAGGCAAUAAAUAAACAGAAGUUUUCUCCUAGCGAUAACAAUUUUGGACUUGCACACGACGAAUUUUUAAAUAUGGGACCAGCCGAAAGAGAAAUUUGGCAAACUUGCAAUGAACUUAAGGAUAAUAUGGUUUUAAGUCAUGAUGACGUUAGAAUGUCCAAAACUGAUAUAAAACGACCAAUAUUUACACCUAUUAUAGAAGAAUGUGAUCGAAGCUUAUCAUCUACUAUAAAAGAAAAAAAUAAAUCAGUUCUGGCUGGGAAAAACAAAGAGUCUGAUGCUGUAACGGUGGCAUUUGCCGAACUUAAUGAUAUAUACCAAGAGUACUUUCCUACUACAAAGAAAGAUUAUUUUGCCAAAGCAAAUGAAGAAGACAAAAUUCAUUACGCAGACGUGGAAAAUGGAAACGACGAAGAUGAGAAUAGACAUGUCAAUUCAGCAUCUGAAAGCGAAACAGAUGUGAAGAGACAAAUGAAUGAAUUAGAAGGAAAGAUUUCUGAGGUUCAGGCAAAUGCCACUGAAUCUGUUUCAGUAAGUCAGACCCUUCAUGAAAACCAAACACAAAACAAUGUGAAAAGUGUAUAUAAAAACGAAUUACAAUUUGGAGAUAAUAAAUCUACUAACAUAGUACUUGAAAGAAAAAAAUACUGGGAUGAAAAAAUACGUCAAAUAGAAGCUAAAUCAGAAGAAUCGACUACACUUCAAAAGAAAAGGAGACUUUCAUCUAGACAUUUGAGAAAUAACGAUUCUUUAACAAAGCGAAGAGGUAAACAUAUUGUUAAAAAUUUCCUUAAUGCCGAACAAGAUAAAAGUCACAUUAAAGCCAAUGCUAUUAUAAACAGGAGAAGUCCCAUACCGCAAGAAGUGUCCACAUCAACAAAUCAAGACAAAGAACCACAUACUGAAGUCAAAUUAGUAGAUAAAUGGAAAAAUUACUGGGAUAGUAAAUUAACAGCAGAAAAUAAUGAAAAAGAGAAUAAAGAAAAUUCGUCGUGUUUUAGAACUAAGUCACCAAAAUCCCUGAAAUCACCAACUUCUUCUAAAUCACCCACUUCUACCAAAUCAUCGAAUUCUCACAAAUCACUAACUUUACCAACGACACAAGUAGUGAAAUCAAAUGAAGAUACUAUAGAAGCCUACAAUGAAAUCGUAUCUGAAACACCCGUACCGGUGAAACAUGAACUUCCAGAAGAAGUAUUCAAAGCUUUUGAAACAAGUCCAAAAAGAUUUUUUGGUACCUCUAGAAAACAAAUAUUAAACAAAAUAGACACUUUUUUAGGAAAACCAAGCACCGUAGAUAAAUCAUCGGCAGAUGAGAUCUGUGCCAGUCGAGAUAGUGGAUUAGUUUCUAAUCGCAUAUCAAUGUUUCAUAAAAUAUCCAAUACUGAAGAUGUAUCAUGGUCUCGAAGAAAAUGUCAGAGUCUACAUAAUAUUUCCCAUGGGAGUGACAAAAAUCUUUUUUCAUCGCAGAAGAAUUCUGAAAUCAUUAAGCAUAAAUAUAAUGACUCUCAAGUCAUACAGCCUACAGGGAACUUGAAUACUGAUAUGGACGAUUCUAGAACAGACAUAAAAAAGACCCAAAACAAAUCAACAUUGAAAGACAAAAGAGCUAAAGUCGAGUAUAAAACAUUUAACAGAAGUUUCGACGAAACAACUUUAAGCCAAGAAUUAGAUGAACUUCGAAACCAGAACAAAUAUGUAAAGAGAACGAUCAAAGAUUUAAAUCAACAUGACCAAAACCUUGAUAAAUACAAGAAGUCAAAUGAAUUACGUAAAUCAUCUAUAAGCAGGUCAGAAAUGGAUAUUUUUAAUAAGGCCAUAAAGGCAACCGAUGAUGAUCUAGACAAGUACAAAUCGUGUGACGAAUUGCCUAAAAUCAAUGUGAAAAAUUUCAUAUCUCUCUACGAAAGUGUCUCGAGUACAACUAAGCCAUCGACAGCGGUCGGGAAACUUGGCAAAAACAUAUUUAGUUCUCAGAUGCAGGUGCAUAAUAACUCGACGCAAGGAGCUAUAACAAGCAGUGGGCCAUCGAGUAUAAUGCGACCACGGCCUUAUUUAACGAGGUCGCGAACUUACACUAGUUCUGAAAAUAUGAGCAUUGACAGCGGUGGUACAAGAACUACCAGUUCCCUUGAUAUAGAAAAUGUUACAGGAUUAGAUAAAGAAACUACCUACGUAAGCCUCUCUGAUAUAGAAUUGGAGAUAGUUGAGAGUCCAGACAAAUGUAAAGAAUCUACUCCCAAACUACUACAAAAAGACGACACGGACAAAGUAAAGAAAGAUUACAAAUCACGUUUCAAAAUUGCGAAAGAGUUCUUCCAAUCGUUAGAAGAAAUCGGACCUGUAAAGAAACCUCCAAAAAUAAACGAAUGCCAAGCGAUGCUACAAAGCACGUCCACUGAAUCUCUCGAAAGCAAACAAAAAAAGCGACCAAAAAGUAAAGUAGGGAAGUCACAUUCAAUGCCAUCAUCAGAAUUUGCUAGGAUAUGGAACGAGAUGAAAGACGAAGAUUCCAAUAAAUUGGUCAAGAUAUCAGAAAAAUUCAAUGUGGACGAUUUAUUUACUGAUGUCACUGAAGGAAAAUUAAGUAGGCAGGGUAGUUUAAGAGGCAUUCCUCAUAAGAAAGCAGUUCUCGAAGCAUUUAGAUCUAUGGAAAACGUUUCAGAUAAUACAAUUAGUCCUUAUGAAAUGGCAGUUUCUCAGCAAAAUGACAUAGCCCAAGAUAAGGAGGCCAAAAAAGCGCAGACUUAUUUGAGCGAAUAUCCAUACUUACCUACAACAUGUCCGUCUAUGUACCAUUCAAGAAUCGAUGCCAAGGCAUCAGGACUUAUUUCAUUGAAAGAACUUAAAGAUAUGAAACGACCUAGAAGAAACAGUGUGCCAGAUUUACGAUUGAACCCAACAUUCACCGCAGACCUUUAAAUGUAGAAUGAAUCAAUGUAAUAACAGUAUUCGCUAGUACCUAAAGUGAUUCGAUACUCAAUUUAUAUUUUUUUAUUUGAUGCUUCAUCGUCUAAUCACUCGACUAGUUUAGUACCAUCAAUGUCAUGUCAUAAUAAUGUAAGAAUAUUUUGUACAAUUGUACAGUUAUUGAAUCUAAAUUUAAUUUUAAGUUAAUUCUAAUUCCAACUAUUUAUUCUUCAAAUAAAAAGUAAUCUAUAAA